AUGGCCGCUGCCGCAAAUAAAGCCCUCAAUGGCCACAAAUUGCUUGUGCUCCUCGGAAAUACAUUCCAGCCUGAGUGGAUUUCAGAGCUCAAACAACUAUUUUCAGGCCUGGAAAUAGUCACCGUUGAAGGGUGUAUAUGGAAUACGCCAGCAUUUGAAGAGAAGUUUCCAGAGAAAGAGUGGAAAGACGUUACUAUCCUCGUUACUGGAAAUGCUUUACCUGCAGCACAUAUCGCUCCAAAGUUGGAGUAUGUUCAAAUCCAAAGCGCCGGAGCAAAUCAUAUUCUCCAAAACCCUCUGUUCAAUAGCACAGAUGUUGCUCUUUGUACGGCUAGCGGUGUGCAUGGACCGCAGAUAGCUGAAUGGGUAGUAACCACAUUUCUAGCUUUCCAACAUCAAAUUCCCCAAUACAUCGACUUUCAGCGCCAGAAAACGUGGCACAAGUUGGACGAUCCGGUAGAUGAUGCAGUUGGACAGCGAGUUGGUAUCUUUGGUUACGGCGCCAUCGGUCGUCAGAUUGCUCGUGUCGUGAAAGCACUGGGCAUGGAUAUCCAUGCGUGUAAUCUACAUCCACGUCAUACUCCUGAGUCGCGUAAGGAUGAAACAUAUACACCAGCAGGCCUCGGCGAUCCAGAAGGAGUCUUCCCUAGCAAAUGGUUCUCGGCCGACGAUACAGAAGGAUUACAUCAAUUCCUGAGCUCUGGUCUUGAUCUGCUCGUCAUCACCGCCCCACUCACAGACAGGACCCGCGGCAUCAUCUCACGGAGAGAAUUAGCUUUGCUUGCGAAAAAGAAGGCCUUUGUUUCAAACAUCGGAAGAGGAGAAGUCAUCAUUACGGAUGAUCUAAUUGAUGCACUCGAGGAGGGUACAAUUCGCGGGGCCGCCCUCGAUGUGACGGAUCCCGAGCCUCUGCCUGAUGGCCACCGAUUAUGGAAUACAAAAAAUCUCUUCAUUUCACCGCACGUUAGCGGAAAUUCGAGUAGUUACGCUCGAAGAGUUUUUGAAGUUCUCAAGUACAACCUCAUCCGAAUGAGUGAAGGGAAGGAGCUUACGAACAAAGUGGAUAAAAGCAAAGGAUAUUAG